CCUUUGCUCUCUUCUUUCUAUAUUCGCAGAACUUUGCUACCAUGUUGCUCACCUCCAAUAAACAGCUGCAUUCUGUGUCAGCUGCUGCUGCUCUAAAAUCGGCGUCGCCGACCGGCAUCAUCACCGCCCCUCGGCGACCAGCCGCAGCCGCAGCCGCGGUCCGGAGCUGCGGCGGCACCGCGCCUCAUGCCCCCUGCGCCAGCCGCCGUGCGCCGCCGCUGCUGUGCUCCUCACUCAUGCGCCGAGCCCCGCCUCCUGUCGCCGCCGCCGCCGCUGCUGCUGCUGCCGCCGCGCCGCGAGGCCUCGCCACGUUCCACGUGGCCUCGGCCUGCGCGGCGUCAGCUGCUGCUGCGGUGCGGCCUGCAGGCUGCCGGGCCCACCCCCACCCCCACCCCCACCCCCACCCACGCCCCCACCCCCACCGCCAGAUGGUGCUAGUGAUGCGGCCGCCGCCCUACGCCUCGCGCCACACAGCCACCAUCACUGCUGCCAGCAGUAGGCCCCAGGACGCCGCCGACGCAGCUGCGGCCGGCGGAGGCACGGAGGCGACAACAGCGCAGGGCUCGGGCACGGCACCCCCGGAACGGCAGAGGCGGCAGCAGCAACAGUGGCAGCCGUCUUCUCGGCUACCGCUGCUGAGCGAGCUAUUCCGGGACAUCGACAUGGCCGGUCAUGUGCUGGCGCUGCUGCUGCACCAGCGCGCCCGCACACGCCGCGACGCCGCUGCCCGUGCCGCCGCCGCCGCCGCACGCAGCGCAGAUCGCGAUGCCGAUGCGGCCGCCGGCAGUGCCGGCCCCGCCACCGGCGCCGCAGCACAGCCCCUGGCGCAGGAGCUGGCGGCGGCGCUGCAGCAGCUUGCGGCAAUGUGCGAGGCGGCGCAGGUGCAGUGCGAGGCGGCGGCGGAGACUGCGUCCGCAGAGGCCGGGGCUGGGGCCGGGGCCGGGGUGGCGGGCGUGGCGGUAGGCGCAGCGGCUGGGUCCUCAAUGGACGCCGCCGCGCGUGCCGCCGCCCUGCGUGCCCGCGCCAAAGGCCUCCGCCGCCUUGGCCGGAGCGCCGCCGCCGCGCUGGCGGCUUUGCAGCAGGAGCAGCAACAGGAGCAGCACGAGCAGCAGGAGACCGUGGCGGCGGCGGGGGGAGAAGCCGUUGCUGCUGGUGGCGAUAGUGCUGUUGCUGCUACUGCCGACCCCGCUGACACUGCUGCUACUGCUGGUGGCGGCGCUACAGCCGCUACUGCGGACCAGCUGCUGGCGGCGCUGCAGCAGCAGCUGCGACUCACUGCCUUCUCCAGCAGCAGCGGCGAAACCACGGCCCCAGCGACGGCGGCGCCGGCGGCGCCGGCGGCACGCAGCGCUGGCAUGGCAGUGCCAGCAGCGGUAGCGACAGCCGCAGCGGAGGCGGAGAGGCCCGUGGCCGCAGUGGCAGAGGCCAGCCUAGGUGCCACGGCGCCAAGUAGCAGUAGCAGCGGUGCUGCUGAGGUCGGAGGGGCCGGGGUCGAAGGCGGCAGCAGUGGUAGUGGCACCGGUAGCGCCAUCGCAAGACGCCGCAUCCGUGUCACCCGCCCGAAUGCGUCUGCAGGCUCUAUCGCCCCUCAGCCCGGCACCAGCGGUCCCUCUCCCCCGACCCCGCAACACACGGCUGCCAGCGGCAGUAGCACCCGCAGCAGCAGCGGCAGCAGCAGUGGUGCCGGCAGCAGCGGCGGCGCUCACAGCAGCAGCGGCUCCUGCAAUGGCGGCAGCGACCUCCAUCAUGGUGGCUGUAGCAGCAGCCGCAGCCGCCGCAGUGCGCACCGGGGUUCGUCCUGGGUCGGCGCGACAGCAGGCGCGAUAGGAUGCUUGCUGCUGGGAGGGCUGAUGCCGUCGCUGCCACUGACGCCGUUCGCGUCGCAGAUGCUGCGGCUGUGGACGUACACCAGUGCAUUCGUAUAUAUGGCUCAGGCGGCGGUGCUGCACUCCCGGCGCGCGCGGCGGGGCGACGGCGAGGAGGGUGACACGGGCUGCGAUGAGAGGGGCUGAGUGCGGACCGGCGCCGAAGACUGGGAGGCGAGGUUUGCAUGAUAAACCAUGAUUCACUGGACGUGUGUGCACAGCCGCGCAUGCCAAUUUUGCAAGCGAAACAUCAAGUGCGAGGACGGUAGUUUGCAAGUUGACUAUGGCCUCAGUCUGGCGCAGUGACAAUGACUGUGCAAUUUUGCUUUCCACUGCCAACACAGAUUAUAUGGGGGCGAUGAUGCGUGGGGUCUGGAUUGCAUUUUGUCGUUCCCGCCCCAAUAAUGCAUCGAGGGCAGGCAGUUUGGCCGAUCGGGGCCCGGCCGUAUUAUCAUAAUAGUGGCAAAAUCCAAGACUACAGACAUACUGUCAAUUGAAUUGUAAGCCUACGCCGCCCCAGGCCUCGCAACUACGUUCAACAGUAAACACGGCCGGCGGGCGGGUUGUUGUCAUCAGCAGCUAAGCGCAGUGGAAUGAGCUCAAAGCCAAGAAGUAUGUAGUCGUGGAUUUCACAGCAACCUGGUAAGCAAAAUUCAGCAAGGGGCGGCAACGACACAUGGCUGGUUCUGUGCGGCCCUGGACCUGCUCAUGAGACUACGUACAAACAUUUAGUGUGCUAGGAAGCUCACAUGCACAACGAGCGCCCCGCGAAAACCCUAAUGUCGAC